AUGUCGGGUGAUGCCGGCUGGCCGACUCUGCCGGGCCGCCUCGACGAUGAAGAUGGUGCCAGAUUGCCGCCCGAGUGUCUGCUGCACCGGCGCGUUCGCACGGACUUCGACGAUGACGAUCAGCAAGACCUCAUCGCCUUGCAACCCUUCAAAAUCCUGAGAUGUGUGUACAAGAAGGCGUUGGGGUUUCCAUCCGAGCUGCAGGCCCAGGCGGAUGAGAUGGUUCAGACCCUACAAAUCGGUGUGCACCUCGCCAAGUCGCCGCCGGGUUUGUCCUGUCUGGGCCUUCGAGGCGGCAGCCCGAUGACCAACAUCGAAACCGUCCAGGACAGCAUCGUCGUCCUCACCACCACUUUCCUCCAUGAUUUUGACUACACCUUCUAUCUGGUCUAUGAAGCCUCCAGUGGUUCGCUCCACAUGAUCCCCAUGCCAGAAAAUCCUUGUUUCAUUCUCACAGGGCUCAGUGCUAGCAUGCUCAUCGCGAGGUCAUUCUACACUGCCGACUACGCGCUGGUUGUAUUGGGCAAGCUGGACGGGCAAGAGGGGGAUGUUCCGUUGGUAUGGCUGUCUUCAUCCUCGUCACCAUCUUGGUCUGAGAUCAAGACCACCGUCUUCAGCCAACCCCCCUCAUUGAUGCUGCACUAUGCUGAUAUGAGCUUUACUAUCGGAUCCAUGGCCUGCUGGGUGGACCUCCUGCGCGGCGUCGCAUUCUCUUGGUGCAACACCCUCUUCCCCAAAGACUGUCGCAAGGAACCCACGCUUAACUUUGGCUUCUUUUCCUUGCCCAGAGAGUUGCCUGGAGCAGAUCACUGUCGCGACAACACCCGGGUGGCACAGCCAGAAGCCUACCGCACCAUAGGCGUCGUCCAAGGUUUCAUCAGGUUCGUCUCCAUCGACGGCUUUCUCGACUAUGUCGACCUCAAGGACCGCACCUUGACAGUCUGGAAGCGAACGUUGAACCGUGUGUGGCAGUUGGAGUACAAGCUCAGUCUCGAGACCCUAUGGGGGCUCCAGGGAUUCGGCGACUUGCCAAAGAACCUAACUCCCAUGUACCCUCUCCUUAGCACAGAGAAUACGGAUAUUGUCUACUUUGCACUUGGGGAAUAUCUGGAGAACCGGCGCAGGUGGAAGUUUAUCCCAAUAUGUGCACACUAUCUACUCGCGGUCAACAUGCAGAGCAACACAGUCCAGGCUUCCAUAUCUCUCGCAGACUGUUUUGGCAGUCCUGACAUCCCAGACCUUGUUACUUCUAGUUUCAGCCGGUAUGUCCAUGUCGUGGGGCAUGAUCUACACAUUAUGAUGAUGGACACGAUGAAGCAAAUGGCGUCGAUCCAUUUGGACCCCAUUGACUAUGAUGAAAGGGAGGCUCGGAAGGUGAUGAGGGAGAGCCCAUUCAACUGGCAAGGAACUUUGAAGGACAAACCUAUCUUUUAUCCAGCUCGCUACUACUCGCAACCAUCAUUGCUUCGUCUCACCCAAUCAGCCACUGCAGACAUCAUUCCGGAGAUAUCAGGGUGA